CAUUCCACAGAGACAAACAAUUAGAAACCAAAUCCUCCAAGCCAUCUCUCUCUCUCUCUCUCUCUCUGUGGGUGUUGUGUGGUGUUUGGAGAGAUGGAUAAUGAGGAGAUUCCUUCAGCACCUACAACACCAGGGACUCCUGGUGGGCCUCUUUUUGGAGGUUUCAAGUCUGAGAGAAGUAAUGGGAAUGGCUAUGUAAGGAAGAAAUCACUUCUUAACAAAUGUAAGUGUUUCAAUGUUGAAGAAUGGAAUGUAGAAGAAGGAGCUUUGCCCACAGUCUCUUGUUCAUUGCCACCCCCUCCUGUCCCUCUUGCAAGAAAGGUAGGAGCUGAGUUCAUAGGCACUCUGAUUCUAAUGUUUGCUGGGACAGCCGCUGCUAUAGUGAACCAGAAGACACAGGGCGCCGAGACUCUUAUCGGCUGCGCCGCCACCACUGGUCUCGCCGUCAUGAUAGUCAUCCUCUCCACCGGCCACAUCUCCGGCGCUCAUCUCAACCCCGCCGUCACUAUCUCCUUUGCUGCACUAAAGCACUUCCCAUGGAAACAUGUUCCAGUGUACAUCGGAGCUCAAGUACUGGCGUCAAUAUGUGCAGCAUUUGCACUGAAGGGGAUAUUUCAUCCCUUCAUGAAUGGAGGAGUCACUGUUCCUUCUGCAGGAUAUGGCGAAGCCUUUGCUUUGGAGUUCAUCAUCAGUUUCAACCUCAUGUUCGUCGUCACCGCCGUAGCCACCGACACAAGAGCCGUUGGAGAACUUGCGGGAAUCGCAGUGGGAGCCACGGUCAUGCUCAACAUCCUUAUCGCAGGGCCAGCAACAGGAGGGUCAAUGAACCCAGUGAGAACACUAGGGCCAGCAAUAGCAGCAAAUAACUACAGAGCCAUUUGGGUAUAUCUCAUAGCUCCCAUUCUUGGAGCUCUCAGUGGAGCAGGCACUUACACUCUGGUGAAGCUCACUGAUGAACAAGAAGAAGAGGCCAAGGUCACAACUUCUGCCCCUGGCAGCUUCAGAAGAUGACCAUGUUCUCAACAUCAUGCAUGCCACCCAAUAAUAAACAACUAAACAAGUGGGCAUUGAGAAUUUGUAAUCCUUGGUUCCUGCCCAUAUAAUAUAUACAAUUUUAGUUGAGCAGGAAUGUGUGUGAGGAGAUAGAUUCUUGUAAUGUUUUAAGCCAAAAAAGAGUGGUGUGAGUGAUACAUGUCUAUAUACUGUAUUGUCUUUUCUUUUUGUGAUCAAUGAAUCAACCAAUGAAUGAAGCUAGAUUUCAUCUAGUUGGGGCAUUCUUGUUUAGAGUCUGAUUCCUAACAUUAUCUUACAAAAUAACCAAUUUGCUUACUGAA